CCACGACAGAGAGAACGCGGGGAAAUUUGACAGUCGUCGAGUAUUGCUACAAAAUAACAUUAGUGUUGACUGAGUUUAUGCCUUUGAAAAGUUUAGUUUGUUUCGCGAGUCAAAAACGGGGUUUAUCCAUCAAAACAUUAUCUAUUUAAGACCGACGUCUGACCCAAAAUGAGAACUUUAGAGGAGGUUCAGGCCACUCUGCAGAUCGCCAAGCUGAAAGAGGAGGAUCUGCAGAAAACUAUUCACUGUCUGUCUUUUGGGGAAAACGUAUCAUCUGCAGACUACUGCCUGAUGGAGCUGGACGACACGCUGUGCAAACAAAUUGAAGCCGGGCAGAGUCUGGUGAUUCGAGGGGAUAAGGAUGAGCGUGCGGUUCUCUGUAGUGCUGACAAGACCUAUGAUCUAAAAAUUGCAGACACAUCCAACCUGUUGCUGUUUGUACCAGGAUGCAGAACUCCAGACCAGCUGACCAACAGCCAGGACAGCUCUCAUGUGACACACACUCAGAUCUGGGGAUUUUGCAACAGCUACUGGGAACUGAGGAAACAACGUCCUAAACUGAAGAAACUGAAAAAGCUUUUAAUGGAGAAUCCUUAUGAAGGACCUGCUUUAGUGGGACAGGAGGAGAGUACAGAAAACAGGUACACAAUGCAGGAUCUGUUGGAGAGGAUCCAGGCCAGUGAAGAGGAGAUAAAGACCCAAUUAGAGCUCAUCCAUGCCUGUCAUAUAGAUGGCUACUGGCGCAUGCUGGACUUUGACUACGAGAUGAAGCUGCUCGGUCAUGUGACUCAGCUGGUGGAUUCUGAGUCGUGGGCCUUCAACAAGGUUCCCCUUCAGACCAGUCUGGAAGAGUUAGCUCCACUGGAACCCAAGGAGAUGAUCGAGCACUGUUUGAACUGCUAUGGAAGACGCUAUACUGAAAACGAUAAAGUUUUUUAUGCACUACAUGAGGAUAAGGUGUGUCGGGGCAUGGCGCUACUGCUGCUGCAGAACGCUGUCAAGUUCAACCUGAGGGAGUUUCAGGAAGUUUGGCAGCAGAGCGUUCCAGAGGGUAUGAGCACUAGACUGGACCAGCUAAAGAGUGUCGCCCUGGUAGACCGCACCACCCGUCCAGAGACCAUCUGCCUGCUGCGGGUGGAGGAUCUCCCAGAGGACACGCUGGAGCGCUUCAACCACCUCUUCACUCUCCGAGAGAAAUGGACAGAAGAUGACAUCACGCCAUACAUUCAGGACCUGUGUGGAGAGAAACAGACUACCGGAGCCCUGCUGACCAAAUAUGCUCGAUCUUCAAUGCAAAAUGGGAUCAAGGUCUUCAACUCCAGAAGGCCUGUGGCUACAUGAACAUGUCCACUAUCAAGUAAUGAAUUUUACAAUUGAAAAUGGAUGUGGUUGUGUUUAUUCCCACAGUGACUUUUGUUGAAAGUUCUUUCAUUCAUAAUAAAAAAUGCCUUGUUAUUGAAGAAGGUAUUUCUCAGUCAGCUAUCUUGCAGCAGUUUGACCAGCUGGCUUGUAAAGUGUAAGAUAAAAUUAAUUACUUAAAAUUCAAACUUGAUCUUUGUUAUUUCAGCUUUUGUCUGUAAAAAAAAUGCUACAUGUUUGUAAUAAAACACGUUUCAUAAUAUUAUCACA